CGACAAUAAUCAUGGGAAAAGUAAAGUGCUCCGAAUUAAGGUCCAAAGACAAAAAGGAGUUGACCAAACAACUCGAUGAAUUGAAAACUGAGCUUACCUCCUUGCGGGUAGCAAAAGUAACUGGUGGAGCUCCAUCUAAACUUUCAAAAAUCCGAGUUGUUAGGAAAGCUAUUGCUCGUGUUUAUAUUGUUAUGCACCAGAAGCAAAAAGAAAAUUUAAGAUUAUUAUAUAAAAACAAGAAAUACAAGCCAUUAGAUCUUAGACCCAAGAAGACCCGUUCUAUUCGCAGAGCUCUAUCCAAACAUGAACAGAGGAUUAAAACCCCCAAAGACAUCCGUAAGCGAUCUAUAUUUCCUGUAAGGAAGUUUGCAUUGAAAGCUUAGUUUGUAAUAACAUAAUAAAUUGUUUAAAAUUUUU